CUUCAGAAUACUUUAGGCAUGUCAGGGAGAAAAUCUAUUAAGGCAAAUGGAUGGCUGAACACAGUCAUUGUAUUUUGUCUUAAACAGAAUUAAAGUGCAGACUGGUUUCUGACUGAUACAAUGCAUAAUUCAUAUGUGUAUUCUGUGUUUAGGCUUAAUCAUAAAAAUGGAGCAUUACACAUCAUACAUAGGAUGUGGGAUUUCUGAGGUGCCUUUAUCUGAUACUGCUCAGAGGAUUAUGUCAGCUUUGCAGUCUAUUCCUGCAGGAGUUCAGACUAGCAGAAAAAAUAAUCAGAGUAAAGAGAAGACAAAGGAAGAUAAACUAGAUGAUAAGGAUGCAUGUCUGAAAAAUGAAAAGGAGAUCAGUGAUUCCACAGUUGCCUUAUUAAAAUCAUCUGCCAGCUCUCAAAAAAGGACUGCUGGUGAGACAGUCAGGAUGGCACAUACCAAAGAAAUCCCGAGCUUCUACCGGGAAUUAGGCUCUACUGAAUGGGGAUAUAGAGAAAGAAACCUUACAGCAGAAGAAAGAAACAUGGCAGCUGGUGAAAAGAAUUUAGUUACCCCCCUUAAAAGAAAGCAAGAGGUACCUACGUAUUGUUUGGGAAAAAAAAGAUUACUUGUUAAGAAACGCAUUUCACGUGAGAGGAGAUAUAACUGGACUUCCAGACAAGCAGAGCAUUCUGAAAAUGAUUUUUGUGAUAUCAGGAGUUUAGGAUAUGAAGAAAAAAGAGAAUUGAUUGCAAAUAUAAAAGAAGCAGUGGCUUUUGUAACUACCAUGAUAUUUCUAGAUGGUUCUUCACAGCUCAACUCAGAGCAGACCACCUUAGCCUCGUCAGUGAAGGGAAUUGUUGUAUUAGUGAAGAGUCGAACAGAUCGCCUUUGCUCUCUCAGUUUCUCUUCAACUGCCAGUACUUGGAGCACUGCUAGUCCAAGUGAUAAAUUCAUUUAUGUGGAAACUGAAUGCUCUUCCCUUUGGGAGCAAGAAGAACAGGCUCACAACAAAUUUGCCCGGCAAGUGUUGUUUCAAAUACUACGUUGCAAAGUUCCAGUUAUCUGCUUCAAUGCGAAAGAUUUCCUGAAGACAGUACUUCAAAUUUAUGGUAAUGGAAUUAGCUGGAAACAAGUUGCAGAGAGCGUCGUGUUGGAUCCAAGGAUUGCAGCGUGGCUGAUAAACUCCAGUGACACAGUUCCCUCUUUUGAAUGCCUAAUGCAGUAUUUUGAAAAAUCUUAUUCAGUGGAAACAGUAAAUACAGAUACAGGUGCUUUGAGAAAUUCUUUGCAUCAAAACUUGGUUAUGAAUUUGCAAAAACUUUAUACUAUAAUGAUGGGCCUCGCUCAUGACUUACAGGUUCAAGGUUUGUGGAAAUUAUUUUGCACAUUAGAGCUUCCACUGAUCAAAGUUCUGGCAGGUGAGAAAUUGAUCUUAUGCAAUUCCUAUUGUCAAGGAAGGUCAAAUAUUCGAAAGAGCUUGAACAUUCAAGGUAUCUCUAAACAUCCAGUGAGAAUUAAAAAGAAACAGUACAUAAAAGGAAGAGAGGAGGAAAUAGUAACCAUUUCCCCACGAGCACUAUUUGUUUCAAAGAAAGGAUAUACGUUUUUAGCAGCAGAUUUUUCACAAAUUGAAUUAAGGAUCCUUGCUGACUUAUCAGCUGAACCAGAACUGUUGAAACUAUUCCAAGAGCCUGAAACCACUGAUAUAUUUACCUCAUUGGCUUCUCAAUGGAAGGGCAUUCCAAGUGAACAAGUGAAACAAACUGAUAGAGAGCAAGCGAAGCGUAUCGUUUACUCAGUGGUUUAUGGAGCAGGUAAAGAACGUCUUGCAGAAUGUUUGGGAAUUACUCCUCUUGAAGCUAGUUGCUUUAUAGAGAGUUUUAUGCAAAAAUACAAGAAAGUACAUGAAUUUACCAAGAAAACCAUUGGACAAUGCCAAAAUAAAGGUUAUGUGGUUUCCAUUAUGGGACGCAAAAGACUGCUUGCUAAUAUCAAUUCACAGGAUUACAAACUACGCACUCAAGCAGAGAGGCAGGCUGUCAAUUUUGUUGUUCAAGGAUCUGCAGCUGAUCUUUGCAAAAUGGCUAUGGUUGAGAUUUUUACCUCUGUUGUGGUUUCUCCAACUUUAACAGCCAGAUUAAUUGCUCAGAUUCAUGAUGAGUUGUUGUUUGAAGUAGAAGAUUCCCAAAUCCAGGAAUUUUCAGCACUGGUGAAAAGAACAAUGGAAUCCCUUCAGCAAACCACAGCCUUGGAAGUGCCACUGAAGGUUCCCUUGAAAGUGCUUCUUACCACUGGGAAAUCAUGGGGGUGUAUGACAGAAUUGCAGGAGAUGUAAAACAGUCAUCGGGGAUGUUAUUCAGUACCCGUACACCUCAUUGGCCUGUGCUGAUUCCUCACUGAAUCACUAGGCAACAGCGCUGCUGGAUCUUUCAUAAGCACCUAAUACUCUGCAUGUGAAUUUUUUUACUUCAUUUUGUCUGUAGCCCUAGGCAACAGCAGUGAGAUAAAACUGGAUUUUACCAGUUCAUUGUGUUUCCUUUAGCCAAGGUAACCAGCAGGGAGCUGCUUUUGUUCAGAGCUGAACUGCUACAUGCAAGAAAUGAAGCAAGACAACAUUAACCCUUUGGGAACAUGACAAAUAUAUUUGAGUUAAAUGCACGUUUAGAUUAUAAUAUUUAAUAUUUGGCGAAGUGCUUUUGUAAAAAUACAUAUAAUCUAGAAUUAGAAAGACACUAUUUGAAGCUGCUUAACUGUUGCAUUCAGCUUAUUCUAUAAUUUGUAAGUAAAUGGCAGCUGCUGAAUGUCUUUUUUACAAAGACUUA